AUUUGACAUUUGACAAAAGGAUAUUGGCGCCAUUUCAUUUGUUGUGGCUUGUGGUGCUUGCAUUUUGUUUAUUUCGACAUUUUUAAACAAUUAUUACACUGAUCAUGGAUGAAAUUGAUGAAUUGUCACAACUAGAAGAAUUACUAAGUGCUGACUUAGGAGAAGACCCCGAAAAUGAGGUCGAGACGAAGAGAAACCGUAUCGAAGAAGUUGAUAUAUUUCAGUGCACUGAUAACGCAGAAGAACCAGUACAAAAUGAGACAAACGUGGAGAAUAUCAAAAACUCAGCUAUCCACAGUGGAGAUACUGACUCGUCGGAUGAUGAAGAGCGGCGAAACUAUACGGAACGUAAAUACAACGACUAUGGUUCACAAGUGAAGAAGGCACUCGAUAAUAAGGUUCAGGAGCAAAUUCACAAAAGAUUGGACUUUGAAACCAGGCUGCGACAAACUAACAUUGAUAUCAAGGUAGAACGUAGUCAAUCUUUCAUUAAAAAGCCAGACACAUCAGAUCAGAACAGCAAGAAUCAAUUCUGUGUCCCAGAAACAAAAACUGCGCAGCGCGCGGAUGUCUAUACUGAUCCUAUCUUUGGAAUCAGAAUUACUAAACCACUCAUAUCAAGUUCUGCUCUUCUCGAUAGAAUGCAGGGCCGAGAAGCUAUUAACAUGUUGAGGGUAAAACGGCACGUAGAAAAUGAAGAUUUAUCAAAAGACUGGGUGAUUGGUGGCGUCAUUGUUCGAAAAAGUGCAACAAAGAAGUCCCAGAAAGGCAAUCAAUUUGUGAUUUGGACAUUGAGUGAUCUAAAGGAUGAUAUGAAGACAAUUUCUAUGUUUUUAUUCAGAAAGGCUUACAAUGAUUUGUGGAAAACUAGUGAAGGAACAGUUGUUGCAGUAUUAAACCCCAGUGUAUUAGACAGGUCACAGAACAGUGCUGAUCAGGCUUGCUUGAGUGUGGAUCAUUCGGACAGAGUCAUGAUUCUUGGUCAUUCAAAGGACUUGGGUAUUUGUAAAAGUAAAAAGAAAAAUGGUGAGCCCUGCACAGCAUUUGUCAAUGCAAGCAAAUGUGAACAUUGCAUUUAUCAUGUCAAGCAAGAGUACCAAAAAUUCAGCAAGCGGCAGGAACUUCAGUCUUCCACUAUGGGCAAGGGUCUAGUCAAUCUGCAGAAUAAGGUACUUGGGAAGAAUACAGUCAUCUAUGGGGGCAAGGCGUAUUCUGCUUUACCAACAGGAAACAGCAAAAAAGUGAAAGAGAAGGACCAAAACAGGCUUAUGUCUUUGAGUGACUACUACAAGUCUGAAGGAGACCAACUGAUGAUGAAUAAGGCACCCUAUGGAGCCGGGCUCAUGAGUAAGAAAUCAGACGUACUUCACAGUCCUACAUUGCAAAGGAAAUCUGACAGUGAAAGGUUGAACAACCUCACCAAUUCCAGUCCAGUUAGUUCCAAGUCAUCAUCUUCAGGGUUGAGUUUAGCUGAUAAAGUAGCAUUCUCACCUAAGCUUGGCAAGGGAUUUGGUCUAAAAGGUAGUGGCACAAUAGACCUCAAUAUUUCAUAUGGUCAGAAAGCAGCUGAAAGAGCAAAGGCAAAUGCUAUAAGACUGAUACAACAAAGUGGUGGAAUUUCCAAAAUAGAUCCAAAUAAUAUCAAGGGUACCGAAGCUGGAAAGAAGAGAGCUUUAGAAAACCUUAAUACUUCAGGGAGUGAAGAAAAUAAAUGCAAAAAGUCAAAACCCAAUGAGGAAAUUAAGAAGACUAAAGGAGUGAUGUCAGAGAGGUUCAAGAAGAUUCUUGAAGCAUCUUCAGCUCAUCAGAACUUGAUUGAGCAGCAUGAUGAUGAUGAGCAAGAGAGGUACUUUAGCAAAUUGGAGAAGAAAGAAGCUAUGGAAGAUAAAAUGUUGAACACUUUCAAGCUGGCAUGUAAAGCUGUGAGAUGUGCCAAGUGCAAGUACACAGCCUUCUCUGCUGCUCAACUGUGCAAGGAUGAGAGGCAUCCUUUAAAAGUCUUGGAUACCUUUAAAAGGUUUUUCAAAUGUGCAGAUUGUAACAACAGGACUGUUUCAUUGGAACUGAUUCCAUUACAUUCAUGCAGUAAUUGCCGUGGGUCCCGCUGGGAGAAGGCUCCCAUGCUCAGAGAAAAGAAAGUCACAAGUCUUUCUGAUGGACUGUCCAUUAGAGGUGAAGAAGAGACGUUUAUUGGUGGACAAGUAAAUACGGGAAAGAACAUUAAUCUGUUAGUACCAGAUAGCUAAAACAUUUUUGUAACUAUAUUUUAAGACAAUACUGUGUUGCUUUAACUUUUAUUGCUAGUUUAUUUUAUUCUUACAUUUUAAGAGGAUUGACUAUUUUUAUAAAUAAAAUACAAUAUGAAAAUAAA